UUUAUAUAAAAGAAAACGAACUUUGCCCAACACAGUUACAGUUAAUUCACCAUGAACGGCUUGUUGUUGCUGUCCUUUGUGUUUGGGGUUUGUUUGGCUGAGGAGCUGAAACCUGUUCAGCCUGGAAAAGAAGAUCCUAUUUAUGACUUCAAUGUGCGUGUGGUAGGAGGCAGUAAUACCGACAUCGCCCAGUGGCCAUGGCAAGCAUCCCUCCGCUACAAUGGCGGACAUACUUGUGGCGCCAUCAUCAUCAGCCCAAACUAUCUUUUGACCGCUGCUCACUGUGUCAGCGGGAGAAUUUCCUCCCUGUUCGAUAUCGAAGUUGGGUCAUCCAACAGAGGAAGUGGCACUGUUUACAAAAUCAGCAGCAUUACUGAGCACUCCGGUUACAGCGGAAGCUCCGCGGGUUUCCCCAAUGACAUUGCCAUCCUGAGGACCCAGAGCUCUCUCGUCUUCUCCGACACUGUGCAGGCCGCCAAUCUCCCCCCUAACAGAUACUACAACCACGACCUCCACGAGUGUUACAUUACUGGCUGGGGCAAAAUCAGAGGAAACCAAAACAGUCUGCCUACAACGCUCCAGGAGGCCAUGAUCCCUGCCAUCUCUAACACCGAGUGUGCAACCAGAAUGUCCGGAAUCAAUGGAGCAUCCAUUUUUGAUCAACACACAUGCAACUUUGAUGCCUAUGCAAGCACAAAUGCAUGUCAGGGAGACUCUGGUGGACCAAUGGUAUGCAGAGCAUCUCCAAAUGACGAGUUUGUCGCGGUUGGCAUUGCAUCCUGGGUAAUCACGGGCUGCACAGGAGCUUAUCCUUCCGUAUAUGUCAGAAUUGCUUAUUACCUUGAUUGGAUGAUCAGCAAUGGAGCUCCUUUGAUGAAUGGGAAUAAAAUAAAAGAGGAAGAGAUUCUUCACGAGGUCAGGCUGAACAUAUUAGAAGAACAGAGGCACUACCUUUGUAAACACCUGAAUCCCCAAGAUCAUUUUGCCUACCUGAGGUCUAAACAUCUCUUGACGAGGGAGGAUGAGGAGUUAAUUAAAUCAGAAGUGACCAGUAAACGGCGAGCCGAGAGGUUCCUGGACAUUCUGGUCCAGAAGGGACCAAAUUGCUACAAAUCGCUUGUCGAUGCUCUCUUAAAGAACGGAACCCAGUUAUUUCUAGCCGAAAAGUUGAAUAAAGAAUAUGAACGAAAGAAGAUAAAUUUACAUAAUUUACUAACUGGCAGUGAGCCAAUGGACCCAAGAGGAGAUAUAGGGGUGGAUCCAGCUGCUUUACCUCGCCCUACAGUUGGGUCCAUUGAAAACCAAAACAUUUAUAAAUCACAUAAUGAUUCUGCAUCCUCAUCGUUGACCACUUACAAAUCAUCUUAUAUCUCUAGCAAUGAUUCGAACGCUUAGCCCCUAGCUGUGAUAGUUUUUUUGUAUUGAUUGUAGUAUUUUAAAAUACAUUUAUUAUUUUUA